AUGAACAAGGUCAAGGAAAUUUUUAGCUCCGACAAGCCCUCGACCCACCACAACUCGACCACCUCUGGUUCUUCGGGUAACGCUGGUUCGGCUACCACUGGUUCGGCUGCCACUGGUUCGGCUACCUCUGGUUCGGCUUCGUCCAUUCCGAAUCAGCACGUCGAGGAGGUCGCGCCGGCCCCUUCAUCAGGCCACGUCCACCCCCAGCGCGACACCCACCUCGCUCAGCAAGAUGCCCAUGCCGCCGACCAUGACCACAAGCACCUCGCUGCGGUGACUCGUAAGUUGAUUUUAAUUGCUCGAGUCCUGUGCCCAACAUAAGCCCGUCCAAGCUGGAUGGUAGUCCGGAUGUCUCGUCCUCGUCAUCACGUCGGGCUGAGGAUCUCAGGAUCGGGAUCGGAUCGUUGACGUUGUGCUUGGCCUCGUUGCCUGUCCCACCUUCCUCGCAGACCACACCCAUCAGAAGCACGAAGUUGAGGAGGUUGAGCGUGAGCGACAUGUCGACCGACACCUCCACCAUGUCCAGCACCACGUUCAGCCCGUCGUUGACUCCAAGCACGAGUCUGAGCGCCACCGUGAAAAUGUCGUCCCGACGACCAAGAUUCACGAGAAGCACGUCAACACGGACGCCGACGCGACCCAGUUCGCUGCUCUCAACAAACACCAGGACCAGUACAAGGAGGCUGCCAUCGACCGCGUCGUCGUCGACAGGGGUGAAAAAGGUGGGUCUCCAUCGGCCGAUUGAACGGUCGGUGUCCCCUGUUGACACAAUUGACCUUGACCUCCCGUCGCAGUGAACGAGGAGACCCACCACCACGUUCACCACGUCAUUCAGCCCGUCAUAGAGCGUGAUACCCACGAGCACCAUGUGAGUAGCCAAUAUCUGUGCUUUCAUGUUGAUCCGCUCUGACGCGCGCCCCUAUUCCUUCUCCUGGGCCACUCGCGUCGAUCAGGUCAUUCACACCAAGGUAUGUCACGCUCAGACAGAACGCUCACGCACCACACUUACCAAUGCACACAUGCUGACCCUUUCGCUUCUGACGCUUCUUCUUAGGUCCCCAUCCACCACGAGACCCACGAGGCACCGAUCGUUCACCAGUCGGUCGAGCACCAGCCCAUGAAGCUUUCCGACUUCGUCGCUGGCGGCGGUGACAUCAAGUCCAAGCUUACGCACGAGAACGCCGGUGUGCUCCACACCCAAGACGAGUCGUGCAAGCGCACGACCGAUGGACCCCUCGAGUCGCUCAAGGAUAAGCUCCAUCUCGGCUCGACCAAGCAUGAUGCGCCCCCGACCAACGUCGUCCAAUAA